UGCACUAAAAAUGGGGCCAUAACGAAACGACGACGAUAUGGCGGGGGUCAAUAUGCGAUUAGUGCGGACGUUGAUAGUUUAUUAUACCUCAGUGGUUGAUAGAUUUGAUUGGACAGAUCCGCCGCAGCAUGUAUGUCCCAACAUGACUGCAUGAGUGCUCCAUUCAGGUAAAAUAGCCUGUAUCUUGUUGUUAAAUUGUAGCCUAUCCUGAUGAAAUUGUGUUAAAUGACAAUCAUAGAUGUCAUAUAUUGUUUCAUGUUUAUUUGCCCACGCUCGGCUCGAGUCUAAGCAGCAAGUGGCCUCAUUAAUUCAAUCGGUCAUGGACGUUAUUCUCCAUUGCCAUACGCUAGCAUGGAAUCAUAAGCACUACAACGCACAUAGUUAAGAAAGGCUCUGUACCGGACUGAACUGUUGUGUGAAUCUAACGGUUCUUCCAAGUUAUGAGAACCACCCGGAAGCCCCGAUCUUCUCCAGGCACCAAGCUGCUACUGGGACGCUGCUACCGGCUCCGGAUGUCCCGAGUUCGGGUGCUUCUCGUAUGCCUAUGUGGGAUGCUGGCUAUAGCUCUGACACUUGGAUUUUCUUUCUCGAGUAAUGAUACAAGCGAUGAUGAUGACAGUAUUCAUAUGGACGAUAACACACAAUUUCGUGUGCCAGACCUAAUAAGGGACAAGUUGACCCAUAACCCCCGUCGGGCCACUGUGGCCCAGAUCAAGCGUCUGGUGGGCCAGGUGAAUUCAGGUAGACUGUGGUACUCUCUCCUGAGGCCCAUCCUGGUAGAGAGACUGCCAGGUACCAGGGGCAGCCGUAGGGUGCGUGAGCAUAUCUACAGCCAUCUAGAGUUCCUGUCAGCGGGUUGGUCGUUGGAGGUCGACUCCUUCAACUCUGCUACCCCAAAGGGAAUAAUCACCUUCUCCAACCUGCUGGCAGUCCUGGACCCCUCGGCCCCGCGCCGUCUGCUGCUGGCCUGCCACUACGACUCCAAGGCUAUGCUCCCAGCUUCCAAAACCCCCGACGGGCCUCUCAGGAGGUUCCUAGGGGCCAGCGAUGCGGCCGUCCCCUGUGCCAUGAUACUGGAGCUGGUGACUGCUUUGGACGUCCACCUGAAAGUGCUAAAACAACAGAAGUCACAGGUGACUUUGCAGUUGGUCUUCUUUGAUGGUAAUGAGGCGUUUGAUCAGCCGAGCCCCUCCGACUCUCUGUAUGGCUCACGUUACCUUGCUGAACAAAUGUCCCGUACACCUCACCCUCCAGGAGCUGAACAUACCACCCUGUUACAUGCUUUGGACCUGUUUGUUCUUUUGGAUCUGAUUGGUGCCCCUGACCCUAUGUUUGUCAACCACUUUGACGACACUGUACGCUGGUUUGAUGAGCUGAUAUAUGCAGAGAGGAGGCUCCAUAAGCUGGGUCUGCUGUCCUCCCACCCCAGAGAGGUGAGCUACUUCAGGAAGGACAUAAACCUGGGCCCUGUGGAGGACGACCAUGUGCCAUUCCUCCAGCAGGGGGUUCCAGUCCUACACAUGAUCACAACGCCCUUCCCCUCCUUUAUGCACACUCUGGAGGACACAGCGGAACACAUCCAUUCUCAGACUAUCGAGAACCUCACCAAGGUGCUAGUGGUGUUCCUUGCUGAAUACAUAGGACUCUGACUGACGUUUCCUCCCUUUACUGUUGCUCAUAGACAUGUAUCCUUUAGACUUUAUGCCACAAUCACCCAGCUGCAUUUUAUAAUACCAGCCACUCUCCCACAUAAUCAAUUUACAAUCAUCAAAGUCCUAUCAUACCAUGUCUUUUCUCUACAUCACCUAUAUCUCUCGUUCUAGAAUCUAUACCCUAGUAGUCUUGUUGUUUAAAAAAAAAAAUCCAUUCUGGAGCCAUACUAGAAAAUGGUUGAAAUUAGGAUUGUGAUUAUAGUGGCCUUUUAAUAUACCCUGUCCCUCUCAUUCCCAUAAUCCAUGUGGAACUCAGACUUAUGCAAAAACAGAAUGACGAACUUGAUUAGGUGCCUUUUCUCAAUACGUUCAGUAAAUGAGGUUGUGAACACUAGAGUAUAUAGUGUUUCCCAAUGAGGGAAGUUCAAGCUAGAUCAUGUGGGUAAAAAAAGAUUAAAAUGCUAAAUAAAGAGGUGAUAUACAGACAUUACUGUACAUAUUUGUUCCCCAAAAAUCACUUAUAUGUUUAGGACAGACAGUCCAGUAAUAAUAUAGCAAUAAACAUGUGCUAUGGGAAGUGCUAGAUUAUAUGGGAUAUAAUUGUGUAUUAACAGUGCCUUCAGAAAGUAUUCACACCCCUUGACUUUAUUCACAUCUUGUUGUGUUACAGCCUGAAUUUAAAAUGGAUUGUUGCCACUAGCCUACCUACAAUACCCCAUAAUUUCAAAGUGGAAUUAGAUUUUUUGAAAAUGUUGCAAAUGAAUUACAAAUGAAAAGCUGAAAUAUCUUGAGUCAAUAACUAUUCAACCCUUUUAUUAUGGCAUAAAUACGUCGCAUGGACACACUCUGUGUGCAAUAAUAGUGUUUUACAUGAUUGCUGAAUGACUACCUCAUCUCUGUGUCCCACACAUACAAUUAUCUGUAAGGUCUCUCAGUCAAGCAGUGAAUUUCAA